GAUUUGUCACUAGAGGUCAUCCGCGGUUCGUCGCGCGCUCCUCCAACCUCAGCCCAGCCCAAAACAGCGCGCUACGUCACCAGCCCCCGCCCCGCCUCGUGCCAAAGACACACGGUCAGAAACAGACAGAGAGAGAUGAGUUGGGCUGAGGAGGACUGGACAGUGGGCCUGUCUGGACGGGUCCUGCAAAAGGUGAAGGAGCUGCAGGUUCAACACGAGCGACUGUCAAGAGAGACCAAGCAGAAACAGCUGCAGUUGGACAACAUCCAGAAUAGCCUCGAAAAACAGACUUUAAAGUAUGACGAGGUGCGCACGGAGCUCCACUCUGUGCAUAGAGAGCUCCAGAAUGUUCGUGAGGAGGCCAAAACAGCUGUGAUCAGCAGUGAGUGUCUGGCCCAGGAGCUGCAGACCAAGCAGGCACAAGUCUGCUCUUUUGAGGGUCAGCUAGAUGCUGCCCGCACCCUCAACAACAAACUCACCCAGGAAGUCAAAAGGUUGGAGGCCGAGCUUGAGAAGCUGCAGAACAGCAGCAGGUUGGCGGAUACCACUCUGUUUUCAACUCCCUGCUGGAAUACAUCCUCACCCUGGGAACAUAAUGGAAGCAGGAAGGAGGAGGAGAAGCUGGGGCGUCGAGAGGAAGCACAGAGCAAGCACACCCGGCAACGGCUCCAGUUCUCAGACAUGGCCACAACUUCACUGCCAAGACAACAGCACAGGAGCACACCCCACCGCCACCCGUCUGACCAAUCAGAGUCCUUCUCCACUCCCUUGGCUGGGUUUCCGUGGGAACGGGAUGACACCAGGCCAACAAACAGGAGACAGUCCCCAACCUCUCCGGAGACACCCUGCGCUGAUGUCAUCAGUCAAGGCCAGUUGGCAGUGGGGCUUUGUGGGAAAGAGAAGGACCACAGGACAGAGGGAGACAUAUCUUUAUCAGAGAUAAAGAAUCGUGUGUCUUGUCUGGAGGAGGAGCUGUCUGUAAAGACCAGGACGUUGAAGUCCAUUCAGAACGACCUGGUGCAAAGCAAGAAAGAUGUCACUUCCAGGGAGAUCAGCCUGCAGAAAGCUCGAGAUGAGCUCAGUCUGGCACACACACGCAUCACCCAGGAGAGCGAACGGACAUCAGGAGCUGAGCAAAGGCUGAAGCAGUUACAAGAGGAGCUUCGGUGUCAAAGGCAAAAUGCAGAGAGCAGCCGACUGCAACACCAACAGCGCACCAAGGAGAUGGAGAAACAACAUCAGAGGGAUACGUUGGAGCUCCAGAAAGAGAGGCAGUUGCUCGAAAAGCAGCAUCAGCAGGAGCUGAAUAAGCUCAACCAGGAGCUGCAGCAGGCCAGGACGCUUCACAAUGCCCUGCAGGCUCAGAAUGACAAGCUGUCUCUACAGAAACAAGCACUGGACAAAGAGUUGGAGACGCUGAAAGAAAAACUGAAGUGGACGGAGGGACAGCUGCUAGAGAGCCAGAGGAAAGAGGCACAGACACAAGCCAAGCUAACGGAUGCGUUGCGUGAGGCGGAGGGUGUGGCGGUGAGCCUGGAGCAGAGCAGAAAGAGAGAAAGAGGUCUGGAGGAGGAGGGGAGGAGACUGGCAGAGGAGAAAGCCGACGCCCUGCGUCUCCUCAAAGACCUGCAGGAGCAAAAAGCUGCACCAGCACCUCCUCCACAAACUGUGCAGUUUUGCCCGGUUGGACAGAGUUUCUCCCCUCAGCCCUCUUACCCUCUUCAUUCUCGAAUGUUAACUCACAAUCACAAGAGGACAACCGAUACCAUACGAGCCAAACAGAAGGAGGAGGAGGAGAGCAUGGAUGAGAUAACACCAGAGAUUACAGCAUCUUACCCCUCUGACAGAGAGCCAGGAGAAGGCAUCGACUCUGAACACAUCUGUGCUGCCAUCUCCUCAGAGUCUGAGGGUUUACAGAGGGAAGGAAUCAGGAGGAAAAGUAAGGAGGAAGAGAACAUGAGGAGAAAUAAGGCGAUAGAGUGUGACGGCUCUGGAACACAGAAGCACUCUGGCUUUGAUCCUGUACUCUGUAUGCCCACCAACACUUCUAUGGAUGUUUCUGAAAAGCCAGAGCAGGCCAAGGCCUCUGAAGAUCUCCAGAGGCAGAACACCAUGCUGCGUUCAGAGAUAAAUGAUGUUCGUGAAGAACUCCGGAAAAGACUGGAGGACCUGGAAGCCCAACGAAGGGCUGAGGCAGAGGCCAGGACCCGGCUCAAACAGCUUAGCCGCAAACAUUCCAGCCAGGCUUUGGAGAAGGAGGAGCAGGAAAAGGAAUGGAGGACUCAGCUGGAGAAUGAGAGGGCUGAGACAGAAAGGUUGAGGAAAGCUGUGGCUGCUUUGGAGACAGAGGUGGAGAGCAGAAAGGAAGAGAGUAAAAAGAACGAGAGAGAGGAGCAGGAGGAGAAAAACAAAGCGUUAGAAAACAGAGAGAGUGAAAUGAUAGAACUUAAUAUGCAGCUGAAGAAGCAGCUAGCAGAGGUAAAAGCCCAGCUGGCUUUAGAACAUGAGGAGAGAAAGAGAGAGGAAGAGGAGAGGAACCAAAUAACCAACAUGGUCACAGAUGAAAAAAAGGAGCUAAGCACACAACUUGCAGAACUUAAGGCUGAAUUGGAAGAACUAAAGUGCAGCAGAGAAAAAGAUGAGAGAGGAGGAGAGGAGAAGCUAUUGAUUACUAACAGCCCGCUGAAGUACCUGACUCUCCAUGGUGAUGAGCUCAAUUCCAACAUUGUUCACUGUGACAACAAAUUCCUCCCUUCUCCAGAGCAGCACCUUCUCUUCUGUCAGUCCACUAACCAACUCAACAUGCUGGUAUCUCAGGCAACAGCCAAUCUCAUUCCCGAAGAACAAACAGUGAUAGACCCCGAACACUUGCCUCUGUCAGAUGAGGGACAAAUGGGUCAAGUGGCCUCUGAUUCGGAAGACUAUCUGGCAGAGUCUUCUCGGUCAGACCAGAGAGGAGAACUUUCUCACCUCCAGAAAUGUGGGUCUACCUCCCCAGAUUUGGAAAAAGAGGUGAAUCGCCUGAACAAGGAGAAAGCUAAGGAAACACAACGUGCACAACAGAGCCAGGUUAAACUGGAGGCCCUGCAGAGCCAGGUGACACGUCAGACACAGCAGCUGACCAUGGCCUUCGAAAAGCAGAGUCAGCACAUCUCAGGCCUUCUAGCUGAGCUACAGGAGAAGGAGGGUGCCCUCCUCAGCCAGGGAGAGGAACUGCAACGAUGCAAGCAAGAGCUGCAGGCUUUCAAGGCUGAAAAAGAAGUUAAAACGAUUUUGAAUGACGAUCAAAGAGAAGAAAGUAGAGAUGAGACAUCGAUGGAGACCACAGAGCUACAACCAAACAAGAAAAAGGACUUAGCUGUCAUAUCUCACACUACACGAUCACUGGCUGAUGGAGAUUCUACUACACAGAGAGAUGAAGACCAAACUAAGACUGAUGCAGAAACACCAACACCUGUUAGCAGGGAAGGGGACAGUGCAUUAAGUGAACAACAUCCAGGUUCCGUUGACUCAGACAAGACUGAUAGUUAUCUUGAUUCUGCUUGUGUGAUGGAGGAGACUGAGAGCAGUCGAGAUGGAGGAAGAGUAGACAUGGUGUCGGAGCUGUUUGCUCUGCGACAGGAGAAUCAGCUGCUAAAACAAAGAAUAGAAGGCUGGACCAUGUCAGAGACCAGGAACCUGGAUUUACAGACAGACCGUGAAAACCAAGACCCAAUCACACAAAGCCAUAACACAGGAGAUGCUGCUCUCCCCUGCUUGACAGAACAGAGGCCACCUAGUAUGAAAGAUAACAAAAUAAAAAGGAAAGAAGAAGAACAGCUGGAGGAAGUGUCUUGUCUUGAGAUCAACCUUCUGGAGGAACAGGUGGUGGCACUGCAGAUGAAGAUUCGGGCUCUAUCUGUGGAGACCCAGCAGCAGACCGAGGAGCUCACUCUGUGGAGACUGGCCUCACACCCAGCUCCAACAUUUGACCAAAACCUUCCCGACAAAGACAACCAGGACCAAAACUCUGCUGUCAGACAAUCCCAGUCACAGCAGCUACAGACUGAUGAGAUGACCCACAUCCCACCAGGGACCAAGAGCCAGGCUCCGACUGCUCAGGUUCAGGAGAGCAACAGUAAUGUGACAGUCAUCAGAGAGGAUGAGUUAUUCCUCUCCUGCUCCUCCAACAAACUGCCGGGCCGCAUGUUGUUCUCCAGACUGCAGCACAGCAACCUUCCUGAACCAAAGAGUUGCCUUCAAUUUAAACAGACUGCAGCUCUUCAGGAAUACAACCAGGACCCUGACAAGGAAUCUGAGAAAGAAAACAUUGUCCAGUGGUCAGAUACGUGUCCAUCACAGCACAAAGACAAGAGAGACACUGAAGUCAUCCAAAUGUCAUCAGACAAAACAGGUCAACAAGUUGCCAAAGGACCAACUAAAACCAAAACAGCAGAGUGUCCCGCGGAGAAUCCAGCAGCCAAACCAAACCCUUCCAGAACAACCAAUGAAAUAAACACAACCAAUGACUCCUCAGAGAGAGCAGCCAGGACAGACAUGAAGAGUGUCAGCAGUCAAACAGAGGACAGCUUGUAUCCUCGCAGCGCUCCAGCAGCAUCUGAACUUCACUGUGCUUACACACAGACUGAAGAGGAGGAGGAGGAGGAGGAGGAGGAUGAAUUCGUGGAAUCACCUCCUGUAUCUCCUAUCCCAUCAUCAAAGGGGGCAAAGUCAGGAGACAAGAUGUUGUUUUCAGGUUCCUUCCCCAUCCCGGCUGACCCGGCCCGUCUAGCUGAAAGAAUCCGCCGCAACAGGACGCAGCUGUCGGCUGCCUUUGACGACACAGAGUAUGAACCGUAUGGGCUGCCAGAGGUCGUCAUGAAAGGUUUUGCCGACAUCCCCAGUGGUCCCUCGUGUCCCUACAUCGUGAGAAGAGGUUUGCUGGGGACGUCUGUUGUACCUGUCCUGCAGAAAGACCUGGGACAGGAGGAGGAGACGGAUUAAAACACAGCCACAGGUCUGUUGGAAAUGAACUGAUCACGAAUCAUAAUGACUCACUUUGAAACCUCAGUGAUGAACUACAGCAGCUCUGCAAGGACACUCCAGUCACCAGCAACAUGAAGCACUUCCUUCUUCAAGCCAACACAGAACCAGUUUUAAAAAUGAUGCAUUCACCUUGGACUUCUAAACAAGUGUUAGCAGGUAACAGGUCCUGCAGUGGCAGAAUGAACUCCUCCACUGUGGAUCUGAAAUGUCUUAAUGGUCACCAGUUUAUCCUCUAACUGCUGUGAGGAGACAUAAUUGUCCAGCGUGUUGCAGUGACGUUACACCCGCCUGUUUAUUCACGUGCUGAGUGAUUUAGUGAUGUUUGUUGAUUUUUCUUGAAGUGAACCAACAUAACAAAGGGACUGUUUAGUUUUUCAGUCGCUCAGAAUUAAGGUCCAGCUUCGGGCUACUUUGAAUGAAACAGUGCCUCGCUGAUGCUUUUCUAAAUAAGCACUUGUCAAGAUAAGUUUGACUUGUUUUUCCAAAAGGGUAAAGCCAAGAAUUGCCUCUUGUGAAAAUUUGAUAUAUAUUUUUUCUUUUUUGAAUCCUGAGGUGGCUUAUUUAUGGACACUUGAAUGUGUUUCAGUGGAGGACAAGUGUUUACAAAACUUAAACUUAAGUUAAAACGUGUGUGACAUUAGCUGUGAAUAAAACAUGUGUGUCCCCUGGAUGUUACUGUUUGUAUACGCGCCCCCUGUGUGUGUGUGUGUGGGAGAGAGAGGGCCGAGCACAUGUCUAUGACUCAGUGCAGUGGUUUCCGCUCCAUGUAUGGAGAUGCACACUGUGCUCCCUCUCUCCUCCCUUUGCUGCUUUGCUUCUCCUUCUAAUGAGAACUCAUUAGUCAGUAACUGUGUGAUGAACUGACCAAAAUCUAAACAUGUGUUUACUUAAGCUGGUUUAUCAGAGAUUAUUUAUUUGACUAAUUUGAUGGAUUGCACAUUUGUUACUGCAUCAUAGACAUCAGUAGCCCCCAUGUAUGUAAAGUGUUGAUUUUGUAAAUGAUUUGAUUCAUGUACAGUUUGCAUUAUACCAGAGGAUAAUCACCACUUGGCUUGCUUCCAAGGUUUCACUUGUUAGUGAAAGGACAGGUUCGCAUUACUCCAAGUUCUAUUCUUAAAGGUUCAGUGUGUAGAACUUUGUCAUAUCUAGUGUUGAAGUUGCAUGUUGCAGCUGAA